AUGCCACCAACACCACCACCACCACCAGCCCACCUCGCCCGCCGCAGAAUCAGCGGCGGAGGCGACUGGGGCGGCAGCGGGCACUGGAGCGGCAAGCGCCUGGCGAUGAUCUUGCCCCCGCUGUUCUUCGUCGUGUUCCUCCUCUACUGGUGGGUGGAGGCUCAGAAGAAGCAGAGGGCAGCUGCGCGCGCCGCUGCUCAGGCGGAGGCGGGCGAGGCGCCGGCUGUCGGCGCAGAGCAGCAGGAGCAGCUGCAGGUCGGGCCGAAGGAGGACGCGCCGCAUCCACCACCUGUGCAGGCGUCGCCGCCACCACAUGUCCCCUCGGACGUCGUCACGGCCCCUCCGAAGGCACUCUCGUCGAGCGUGGUGAAGCAGUUCGUGUAG